ACCUCUCGCUUUCACUCGCCGCAUGGUUGUGCGAAGAGGAGGCUAUCACGACUCACGACUCACGGUGUUCACGACAGGCCUCAGUAUCCGCCGGAGAGUUGUCGGAGUUACGCGUUGCUUCUCGGUAUUAUUUACGCAACAUCGCGAUCAGUGUAAUAUCUGUCAGAGAAUAAAAGCCUGAGUGAGCGCGAACGAAAUUUUUCGUAUAAUAACACCUUUGUGCCGCCGCGCCAAAAGCGCGACAGUCGAAAGUUAAAGAGAUCGCGCGGGAAAGGCACGCGAUUUUAAAGAGGAGCACGAAAAAGCAAGUCGGAAAGUUGACAGAAAUAAUGACAGUUAAUUGGUUCAGAAGCAGUCUGGUGUUGCUGUGUACACUAAUCAUCGUGAUGCCAGCGAUAUUAUCGCCAGUCAAUCUAUUCGAUAUUUCUGAGUAUGUCUAUGGAAUAGAUCAUGAUUUACAAGCAAGGGCACGUUCAGCCAUCGAAGCAGAGAGAUUCAUCUAUCGAUUACGUGCAAAUAGAGUACAGCCAAUAAACACGACCUGCAGGAUUCGAUCAGAAAGGCCAUGUCCACCAAAUAAAUACAGAACACCCUCCGGUGUUUGCAAUAAUGUGAGACAUCCUGCUUGGGGUGCCAGAGGUUCUCCGUUUCUUAAAUUACUACCAUCAGCAUAUUCGGAUGGCAUCUCAAGACCACGUCAAUCUAUCGGCAGCCAUAGUCUACCUACAUCGAGCGAUAUCAUCUCCAGUGUUUUGACCUCCAUUCCAAAAGUAGAAAGUCACGAAGGUUUGACUAGUCUCUCUGCGAUUUGGUCGGAGUUGGUAUUACAAGAUAUUGCUGCUACAGUGCACUCCGUGGGUCUUGAAAAUGCAUGUUGCAUGAACGAGCGGCGCCAUCCGGAGUGCUACGAAAUACGCGACGAGAAAUUUGAUUGCAAACGCUAUUGGCGCUCGGUGCCGAGUUUGACGGUAUACAGCUGUCAAUUUGAGACUAGAGAACAGAUGAAUGGCGUUUCGGCGUAUUUGGACGGUUCUGGUAUCUAUGGCGUCAACGAUGAUAAAUUACAUUUGUUGAGAACGUACGAGGAUGGCAAGGUCGAUCUGAGUGCCUGUGAAUUAUGUAAUCAAACUGAUCAAGAUACGCUCAAUCUGCUGCAUCAGGUUUUCUUGCGCGAGCAUAAUCGCGUAGCGGAAAAACUAGCAAAGGUGAACGUGCAUUGGGACGACUCGAAAAUAUUUCUGGAGGCGCGUCGUAUUGUCGUCGCGCAGCUGCAGCAUGUCACCUUCAACGAAUACAUACCGGUGAUAUUAAGGGAAGCUGCACUAGUUGAUCCUGAGCUUAGACCGCUUGCGAAUGGCUUUUAUGCCGGUUACUCAUCGUCCAACAAAGCAGGCACAUAUCACGCGGUGGCUCUAACAGCUCUGCGUGCUCUUGCUUGGAUGCGUGCUGAUAAAAAAGGUAGCAUUGAAGAUCAUGUAACCGCGUCGGCCAAUCGUAUUGGUUUCGCAGCUGCGGUAGAUGCGGCCAUUUGGUCUGUGCACGCGGCGAGAGAUCAUGGAAUAUCUGGAUAUGUCAAAUUUUUGACUGACUGUUUAGGAGAAAAUAUUAAAAUUGAAAAUUUCACGAAUUUGGCGCAAGUAAUGCAAUCGGAGCAUGUGCAGCUGCUGAGUCGAAUUUAUAUGAAUUUAGAAGACGUGGAUCUUAUUGUUGGUGGAAUCUUGGAAACUCCAGUCACCGGUGCUGCGGUCGGCCCAACGUUUGAAUGUCUUCUUAAAAAACAAUUUGUAACCAUAAGAAAUUCCGAUCGCUUUUGGUAUGAGAAUGACAUUCCCCCAUCAGGAUUAACAAUUGCUCAACUGACCGAAAUUAGGAAGGUGUCUCUUGCUGGCAUUCUAUGCGCAAACACGGACAUUCGCAAGAUACAGCCGAGAGUAUUUAUCCGACAGGAUCCAUAUCUGAACAGCAAGAUCAAUUGCGAACAGUAUGAAUCAUUGAGUAUCGCACCGUGGAUUGAAGAACCAUUGUCACUUCCUAUAAUGCAGCACAACUCAAUUCAUGUAAGUACGACCACAUAUGAGCCGACACAAUCCGUGCCGGAGAUUAGUCCAGAAAUACUCGCUGCUGCGAUGAAAAGAGCGGAGGAAAAACUGAUUGAGCGUAAACAACUUGAAUAUAAUGCUUGGCUGGAACAGAGAGUUGUCGAUCCGAAAUCAGCUGCUGGAACUGCGGCCAGUUUUUCCAAAGCUAAUAAAGACGCUCUUCUACUCGCCAAUUCAUCCAUCAUGUACGAAUUGGCUACAAAUGAAAUUCUGAACGGUGUGCAUGGUCUUCAACGCAAGAAGCGCCAAGUCUUUGAUAAUACGGAGAACGUUUUAGGAUUUCCUAACGCGAAUGAAUUUUCCGAUUUGUUGCAAAACGUUGACAUCUCCGGCUUUCUAAAUAAUCAUCACAAACCGACUAAUCAUGAGGAGGUGCAGUGUCCCAUUGAUGACUCUCCAUGCGACCCUACUACACCUUAUCGGACUUUAUCAGGUCAUUGCAACAACCUGCGUAAUCCUAGUCUCGGUAAAUCAUUGACAACCUUCGCUCGUCUGUUGCCACCCGCUUACGAGGAUGGUGUUUCUAAACCAAGAAGUACUUCUGUUACUGGUGCACCGCUACCGAAUCCCCGAGUAAUCUCCACCGUAAUUCAUCCUGACAUCUCGAAUUUGCACAAUCGCUACACGUUGAUGGUGAUGCAAUUUGCGCAGUUUUUGGAUCACGAUUUAACAAUGACACCCAUACACAAAGGCUUUCAAGAAUCGAUUCCCAGCUGUCGAUCAUGUGAUUCUCCACGUACUGUUCAUCCCGAAUGCAGCCCGAUCCCAGUGCCGCCGGGUGAUCACUUCUAUCCAACUGUAAAUGUUUCAUCAGGCGCACGCAUGUGUUUCCCGUCGAUGAGAUCGCUGCCAGGCCAGCAACAUUUGGGACCACGCGAGCAGGUGAACCAAAAUACUGGUUUUUUAGAUGCAUCGGUGGUUUAUGGCGAGAACUCGUGUAUUUGUAAUAUCCUACGCGGUUUCAACGGCCGCAUGAACAUCACGACGAAUUCGAGACGCGGUAAGGACUUACUACCACAAUCCAUGACGCAUCCGGAAUGCAAAGCCCGAUCGGGAUUUUGCUUCAUCGGCGGUGAUGGCCGCGCUUCGGAACAACCGGCAUUGGCUGUUAUGCACACUAUGUGGGUGCGUGAACACAAUCGCGUAAUGGAAGGCAUGCGGCAGGUAAAUGUCCACUGGGACGGUGAAAAGCUGUUCCAAGAGACGCGACGCAUCAUUAGUGCUAUGCUGCAGCAUAUCACGUACAAUGAAUUUCUGCCAAGGAUUCUCGGCUGGAAUGCCGUUAGUCUAUAUGGUCUCAAAUUGUUGCCUCAAGGUUACUAUAAAGAAUAUUCACCUACCUGCAAUCCUAGUGUACUUAAUGAAUUUGCCAGCGCGGCUUUCCGGAUCGGUCAUUCGUUGCUACGGCCGCACUUACCGCGUAUGGACCGCAACUAUCAGAAUGUCGAUCCGCCCAUUUUACUGCGCGAUGGAUUUUUUAAUCCAGAUAUGCUUUACCAAGAGAAUAUGAUAGAUGAAAUGGUAUGCGGCUUGAUGGGUACACCAAUGGAAACACUAGAUCAAUUUAUCACUGGUGAAGUGACUAACCAUCUGUUUGAGCAACAUGGUAUACCACAUUCCGGUGUGGAUUUGAUAGCCCUGAACGUUCACCGUGCUCGCGAUCACGGGAUACCAUCAUAUAAUCACUAUAGAGCGCUCUGUAAUUUGAAGAAAGCAACUACGUUUGAGGAUUUAUCCAGGGAAAUGGCACCGGAAGUAAUUGCCCGCAUGAAACGUAUAUACGCCUCCGUGGACGACAUUGAUCUAUUCCCAGGUGGUAUGAGUGAACGACCACUUCAAGGCGGUCUAGUUGGGCCCACUUUCGCAUGCAUCAUUGCCAUUCAGUUCAGACAAUCAAGGAAAUGCGAUCGUUUUUGGUAUGAAACUGAUGAUCCAAACAUCCGCUUUACUGAACAUCAAUUGGCAGAAAUUCGCAAAACUACCUUGGCCAAGGUGAUGUGCGAGAACAUGGACAAUCAAAUGGAUAUGCAGAGGGCGGCAUUUGAUCUACCCAGUAAUUUUUUGAACCCGCGUGUACCCUGUAGCUCUAUGCCUCAUAUGGAUUUCUCUGCUUGGCGAGAGACUAGACAUGGCUGUCAAAUUGGUGGAAGAAAUGUCGCUAUUGGCGAAUCUGGCUUCCCCACACCUUGCACCAGUUGCAUUUGCACUGCCGAAGGAACGCAAUGUGCCUCGCUGAGGGUCACGGAUUGCAAUCAACUUUUACGAGAAGCUUCCCGAGAAGCGAUUUUGCGCGAUGAUGUAUGUACUGCCCAAUGCGGUUUCGUUUUAGCAGCUACGGAGACUACGGCGAGACUACAACAAUUCACCACACCCAGUAGUUCUGGUUUUCCCGGUUUCCCGCCGCAUACGAAUAACUUGAGAAAUUCGCCAACGCCGGCUUCGUUCAACGGUUUUAAACUGCCGGAUCUUUCGCAGUUUAUUGGUUGAGUCAAAAGAGAUGGGAAGACUUGAAAUUCGUAACUCGUUUACUGAUUAUUGUAUUGUAAGCAGAAAAUACACUGCCUCUUUCCUUUGAGAGACUGUACGGCAAUGCGAUCAUAAAAAUAUCACGGAUAUUAGAUUGGUCGUGCUCAAGCUCAUUAAUACUACAAAGAAAAAAACUAUAAAAAAAAAAGAAAAGAUAAAAUACAAAAGAAGAGGAGAGUGAGAAAGAUAGAGAGAAAGAGCGGGUGAGCAUGCCUUGAACAUAAUGCGACAUUUAUUGAAAGGUAAAAGAAAGUACCUGUCGGUGUGUAAAUAUAGAUUAUAAGGCGUAAGUAUUUAAUUUAUCGGAGAAAACGAGAUCGCAUGGUCGAAAAAUAAAAGAGAACGGAAAAACAUGCAAAUGCACGGAAUAUGAAACUUUUUAAAUGAAGAAUAGGAUAUUAAGUAAGCGCAUAAACAAGCAAUGAAUAAGAACGAUGAUACGAAAUAAAUUAUCAUGUAAUACAUUGCGAUAAAUAUACUAUGUUAUCGCAAAAAUUAGAAAAGUUACGUAUACAUUGAACACUGGACACGCAAUGUUAUAUACUGCAUAUACGUGUCGGCGCCAUUUUAGACAUUUUGAUAAUGAAUGGAAUCGGUAUGACGAUAAAAAAUAGAAAACGUUC